GUUCGCUUCCCGUUUGGUGACGCAAAAGACGGUGGUUAGGAAGAUGAUGAUUGAGACCUCGUCGUUUCAUCCGAUGAAGAAGUUGAAUGCAGAAGCAGCUGUGGCCAAGUUGAUGGAACUUCCUAAAGGUUACAAACGUCUUCGUAUUGAAUGCUUCUGAUGAUGAAACUUCUAUUUACUAGCCUUUUUAUUUAUUAAUUUAAGGAUUCUAUGGUUUUAAAAUUUGGAUAAUUACUUUGUUUUCCGUACUUUUUUUGUGUUUAGCGUUUGAAAAUUUUAUGACAAAAGGACUUUAUAUUUACUUUGUUUUAAUAUGAAUAUUAUCUGAUUUGUUUUAUUGUAUUCUUGUGUUUGGUUAGUGAUUUUGCAAAAGAGAUUACGUUAUAUGAACAUAUAUAAUAGAAAUAGGAUUAUGUUCACAUGGCAUAACAAAACCAGAUCAUAUAACUAAACAGUUGUUUAUAAAUUAAUAUUCAAAAAUUAAACGAAUUCUAAAGUUCAUCAGGAUACUUUUUUGCUAUAUGAAAAUUCAAUUGUGGCUAUUAGUUGGAUGCAAGACUAUGGUCAGGGUCAUUAGAGUACGUUUAGAGUGUUUUUGUUAAUUAUUUUUUUUCUUGAAUUAGGGUUUUUAUUUUCCCUUUUCAUGUAAUGCUUUUUUUUGGCAUAAGGAUUUGAUGUUUAAUGUACUGUCCUGUUAUCAUAAAGGGGUACUAAAAAUUUGUUUGCUAUGGUUGAAAUAAAAACGCCUAAAUUUUACCUUAAUUCGAUACAAAACUAUUUUUGGCAUCACUAAUGUUUCAUCAAUGAUGUUUCUCAUUGCAUAAUCGAUGUAUAUCAUAUUAGAAUCAUGAUCUUGUUUUUAACUUGGAUAUAUAUGUUUUUUUUAAUAAAAGGUUCUUAUUAAUUUGAAUAAAAAUGAAACUUACAAACAAGAAAUUACAGUGAAAACAGAGCACAGAAGCUCAAAUCGUCAGGAAUCAAUUCUUUUUUUUUUGACUAAAGAGAAUCAAUUCCUUUCCAAAGAAAUUACCAAACCAGAAACUAAGUGUUCUCUACCACUGACGAUAUUAAUCAACAAGAAAACCGAGCACCAACGAUUAAAGAAAUAUUCAACUUCAACUUCAUAUCUCCAAAUAUUCUCAUUUCGAGCUUUGGCCAUGGGAUUUACUAAAACUUUGAAAGGUUACCUCUGUAGUUGUGGUAUUGCCAGCUACCAAAAAAAUGUGCAUGAUCAGCCAGUGGUAGACUGGUGGUGGUGAUUUGAAGAAGGCUCAUAGCCGUUGGAUUAACACAUCGAUCCUCGGUCGGGAGGAGAGCAUUUGUUCAAACAUUUUUCUUUUUUAGCAACUUGUUCAAACGUUUAUAGAAAAUAAUCUGGGAGAUAAGACCAUUCAAAGGAGAAUUUUUUAAGUUCGUUUUUAAUGAUGUAACUUGUAAUCAAGUACGUUGAAUGUGAUAGAUAUUACGUUUUUGAUAGAAUUUCGAAAAGUUCCCUUAUAAUCUGAAAUUAUUACUUUUUAUUUAAUUUGUAUGUCAAACUUUUAAAUCAGUUGUGAAGACCAGAAUAACAUGUUUUUAUUUAUUUGUUGUGCACAUUAAAACAAUUACCUUCCAGUUGAAAUAAUUUUCUUUUACACAGAAAUAUUUAUUUCUAUAAAUUUUAUUUAUGUCAAAGAAGGAAACACAUUUUAAAUUCAAAAUUGCAAAUGGUCAAGACUUAAGAGUUGGUAAAAAAAAUUCUUGCAAUUGAAAUAUUUGUCUUUUACACAGAAAUAAUAUAUAAUUAAUUAUAUGUAUGUUAAAGAAGGAAACACAUUAUUUUUUUCCAGAAUUGCAAAUGGUCAAGAGUUGGUAAAAAAGUUCCCAAAAAAUAAAUAAAUGUAGAAUCUUUUACAUCCUUCAUAACAGCAAAAAAACAUCUUCAUUUUCAUUUUCAUUUUCAUUUUCAUAUCCAUCCAUGUCUCAACGCUAAGUGCAUUCAAUCUCUUCUCUCUCGCUUUACUUUCUUUCAUCUUCUUUGAUCCAAUAGCCAUGACGACAUGCUCAUCAUCAUCAUCAUCAUCAUCAUCAUCAUCAUCGUCACCUAGAAAGCUCCAAUAUCCUAUCGAUGACAAUGAUUGGAUCAGCAAACUCCCAGACGAGUUAUUGCAAUUGAUUCUCUCAAAAUUGUCCACCGAAGAAGCUGUAAGAACAAGUCUUUUAUCGUCACGAUGGGAGGAUGUGUGGAAAUGGAGGUCUCAUCUCGUCCUCGACAUGAACAAGGUCUUGGAAACAACCCCCGAUGAAGAUUUGCACCGAGUUUCUGUUGAGUUGGCUAGGUCAAUGACCAAGGCUAUAAAUAAUUACCAUGGACACCUAGAAAGAUGCAUUAUUCAGCAUUAUGUAUCCCAAUGUAAGGAUGGUACGCUCCAAAGUUGGAUCCACUCAGUGACUCGUUUGGAACACACAAAAGAUCUCACACUUGUAAACUACAUCCCUGCUACAAGGCGUUGCACAAGAGCUAGUUUGCUCAGCUUGCUCCCAGAUACAUUUUCACAUCAUAGCCUCACUUCACUAUCACUUUGUGGAUACACCCUAAUAGGUCCACGUGCCUUCAGCAAUUGCAAGAAUCUUAAGACCCUCAAGCUUAUAAACGUUGUCAUCUCACAAGCUAGUGUCCUUAGUGGAGUUUUAGCAGCUUGCUCCUCCCUCGAGGUGGUUGUGUUGAAAGUCAAUUUCCUAACCCCACGUGGUGUGUUGAAGAUUGAGAACAACAACUUGAAGUUCUUGCAAUUGUCUUUCCUUUACGAGAUUGAUAGGAUGGAAGUGUAUGCAACUUGUCUAGAUGUUCUAGACAUCAGGUGUAUCAAAGUUAAGAGAGACAACUUCAUCCUCGUUGCUCCCAAUAUCCAGGUUAACACAAAUGCUUGGUUGGAUGAUCACGGCUGUAUGGAUUGUCCUCACCUCUACUAUCAUGUAUCAUCAUAUCUCGCUCAGGUACAAACUUAACUAACACAAUCUUUGUGAAUAUUUUGAAAAUUACAUAUAUAUAUAUUGACAUGAAUGAUGUAUUUCUGAAUCUUAAUUAGGAGGAAAAAAACAUUUGGCAUGAGCUUUUGGUGAGUGACUUUCAUGAUAUGAGACGGUCUGGGU